CUUUAAUAAGAGUUGUGUACUGUGGUCGGGAGAAACGCCGUUAGGAUUGGUGGUACCUAGGUUUGAUCUACCCGCAAGACAUGAAAGGUUACCAGUUGCUACCAGAAUAACAUGAAAUUGUUAAUUUGUGUAGAUUUAAUUGAAUCAACGGCACAGACUAUUCUUAUGAAAGAGCUUCCACGUGAAGUGCCCCAAUUAAGCAGUUCUGAACACGUGUGUGAGGUAAAGAGUGGUGACAGAAUGAUGAAGGAUACGAAGUGUGGCCAAAGUGCUGUAGCUUUGCCAUCAAAUGAUUACCCAAAUGGACAAAUUAAAAAGCCAGAAACAUUAAAUGGUGCAUCACAAAAGUCAAGUCCAAUAAAAAGAAUAUUUGAAGUAAGUAAAUCUGUUUCCUUUGACAUGACUGUAAAGAAGGUGACUAUACCGCACCAGUGGGAGAAACUGGGUUUGAAUUCGGAAGAAAAUACUGAAUUGAAGAGCAUAGGGUCUACCAAUGGUAUUCCACAUGAGUCAGUGUGUGAGGAAAAGAAAAAUGUUGGGACAUCAAAAGAUGAAGCACAGAGGACUAGUACAGAGGCUGCGGCCUUGGAUUUUGUUGAUGAUAGUGAACAGUUUGGUUUGAGUGAUUCUGAAGUUGAUAAACUACUAGCAGAUGUAGAUGAUAAAGAAAAACGGGAAACAAGCAACGAAUCAGACUUAAGAAAGAAAAAUGGAAUUGAACAUUCAGACAAUGAAACAUGCAAUGAAACCAUUACCACAGCAGGUGAUGAGGAUAUGUGUGGAAAUUCAAAGGAAUCAAGCAUUGUAGCAGAUGCAGUUGUAGUCAAGAAUACUCAGUUUUAUAAUGUUCAAUCCAGCGCUUCAGCAUGUGAUGUAGAUGACUGUUAUAAAUCAAAACAUCUGAAAGUCUCUCAAGUUUCAGAGGAAAGAAAUGACACCAAAAGUUUGAAGAUAGGUGAUACAAUUAUUGAUAAAGCUAGUGGAAACGAUUCCAGAAGUGCUGUUACUUCUGAAAGAGAAAUGCAUUUUAAAUCCGAGGGCAGUUUUCGUGAUUUGGGAACUAGUUCAGUGACUUUAGUUAACGCAGGCAAAAUGUUUAAACAUUCAGGAAGCUUUGGUGUCCCAGACAACAUAUGUGUAAAAGAGAAUAAACAGUAUGACACAGAAUUAUUCAGAGACAUUGAAUCUAGUCACAGUCCUAAUGCUAUGGAACAGGAGGAUGAAAGUAAUACUGUUAUGUCUUCCAAGUCUGAUGAGGUAUCUCAUUCGCAUCCAUGCAAUGAGACAUCAGAAGAAAAUGCAUGUGACGCUCUUUUGCGUCAAGAAUUGGAGGUUAACAUGGAGACAAAGGACAGUGAGGGCGCAUUGCAUGAUAAGUUGGUCGAUUUGGAAGUACAAAGUGAUGAGAAUCAACCAAGUAAUGCGCAGAUGCUUGAAGAUGAUUCUUUAGGAAUAAGUGAGAAGUCUUCUGAUUUACAAAUGGAGAUCAAUCAGACUGAAUUAAAUGAAAAAUCAUCUGAUGUAGAGAUGCAAAAUGAUCAGUCUGAACUGAGUGAAAAGUCGGCUGAUGUAGAAAUGGAGAUCAACCAGACGGAAUUAAGUGAAAAGUCGGCUCAUCAGACGGAAACUGCGGUUGAAGUAGGAAUGCAAAACUGUCAGAAUGAACAUGUCAGCUCAGGUGAUAUUGAGAUGCAGGAUUGUUUUAUUCAGGGAUCGAUUAAUAUGCAUAAUGACACACCUGAUUCAGAUAGAAAGUUGGUUGGCAUAGAGGUGCAGGAUCAGACUGAACUGAAAGAGGCGUCAUCUGAUGGGGUAGGUUCUAAUGAUGCAGGUGACCAAGUUAAUAAUGCCCACGAAGACGAUUAUUAUGACAAUAAUAAACCAGGCAUGAAACCAGAUGAAGCAGAAAAGAGUGAUAAAUUAUGUCCAAUGAAAGGGGGACACUGUGAAGCAGACAAUAUACAUUUUGUCAGAAUACGAGUGAGAGAGAGCAGUGAAUUGAAAGAAGUUCCUGGUGACAGUAUGAAAACCAAUGACAGAGUAGUAGGUGACGACAAUGUAUCGAAAACCAAUGCCAGCAACGAAGAGAAUGAUAUUCUUUCUAUUGAAAAAGGAACUUCCAUAAUUGAAGCAGAGCAUGCUGUGGACAAUAGAGGAGCAAGUACUUCAUAGGAUUAAACAAGAAGAAGAUGGAAUGAAGAUUUUGUUUGCUGAUUAAUUGACCUAAAUGUGACAUACGAACAUUCUUCCUUCCAUACAUACCUGCUUAUCUUAAGAUUGGGCUAUUUGGAAUCGUGCCUUCUAUUUUAAUGUAUUUAACCCUCCUCCUAAUAUCCUUAGGCUGCUUUGAUGGAUUGCAUUAGGAGGUAAAUCAGCACACUUUUAUACCCAUAAAAGAGGCAGAUGUGAUGAGAUUUUAUUUUUAAGAAUGGCUUCCAGUUGCUUUGCAUGGUUAUGGCAUCUUCAUACUUUAUGUGUGUGCUAUGCUCUUAAAUUGACAAGGUUUAAGCAUUCAUUUGAAUCCUUAUUUUUGUAAAUUUACUUUUUUAGAGUAACAUGGCAGCACUUCCGAAUGUUUCACUGUACGUAUUAUUCAGAAUGUGUAUAUACAGAGUGUUCGG